AUGGGUGCCUUAAUCCACACCGCUAAAGAUGGGGACUGGAGUAGGCUGGCAGUGGUUUCAAAGCUGAGGCAGCUGAUGACAGAAAUAGAAGAUGAAUUCGAUGUGGAAGAAGAGGCUUUAGACAAUUUGGUUCUAGGAUUUCAGGUUCAUCGAUUUGCAGGGUACCAGACCAUUGGUGUGAUUGGUAAAAUCGAUCAAGCUGCUUCUGACCAGAAAGCCCUUGCAGUUGUUCAGCCUCUUUUGGCAGAGAGUGAGAGUCUGAAGUCCAUACUGACUGGAGCACCAUAA